ACAAUUUAAUACUUUAAUACUGCACAGUACUGUAUUUCAUUGUUUCUGCAAUCUGCUUGAGAGACUGAUAUCGUAACACAUUUUAUGCUGAUCUCCUCCAGUCUGUCCAUAAUGACGGAAAUGAGGAAAUGACAUGUUUUAGAUUUUUGGUGAAGAUAAGCAUUUCUUUGUGUAUAAUUUACCGGGUAUAAGUGAACCUAUAGGUUAAUUAGCUCAGCUGUUAUCAAGGGUGGACAAGGAGGAGAUGAUGACGGAUGAUGAUAACAAUCUGUGUGUGACAAAGUGAGUCAGAAGAAGAGCCUGACUAUUAUUAAGAUGGAAAAGUAACAGGAAGUGGCAGUGAUAUUUAUAGUUUUUUUUAUUCAAAAUGUAUUUGUGUAAAAGGAAAGAGAGAGAAAUAGUGCUGUAGUAAUGUACGAUACAGUGUGUUUUUUGCAUGUGCUUGUGUACAUACGCAUGUGUAGAGAGAUUUUGCAUGUGUGAGUGUGCGUGAGUGUAAGACAGAGAGAGAGGGAAGGGCUAAGCUGUGGUUAGCUGAGUGACUGUGAGAGGAAGAUGACUCCAGCGGGGCCCGUGCGUCUGAGACUCAGAGACCCGCGGCUGUGCACUGAGCGCUCACGACGGCGCGGAGACAUGUCCCAUCUCACUGUCCUCCUCUGCUGUCUCAUCCUGUCCUUCCUCUCCUCCUGCGGCAAUAAUGAGGCCUUAACUGUGACCCAGUCCCCUCCCAGUAUAACCGUGAAGGAGGGGGAGAUGGUUCACAUGCAAUGCUGCUGGGGGGGGACUCUGAAUAUGGAGCGUGUGCGAGUGAUAUGGAACAAGACUAACACAUCUAGUGAUAUAAUAAAUACUAUGCAUAACAAAGACAAAGAAGUCCAUGUAAAGAAGGAUAAAUACAGUUCUUAUAUUUCUGGAAACUGUUCCAAGUUUACUAUUUCAAGUGUAUCUACAAACGAUACAGGUGUAUACCUCUGUAAUAUCCAUAUCGUUAUUCCCACGUUUAAAGAAGGCAGUGGGUCUGGAACUCAACUAACAGUGAAUAGGAUUAACAAUUCAUCCGAAGUGAAGUCCAUCAGUGUCACACUGAUCCCAUUAGCAGCGGUGAUGGGAGCCAUCUGCCUGUGUGCCUUUCUGUGUUACUGGAGAAAGAAGAAACGGAUGCCUUACCCUGACCAAGCCUCCGGAAAGGUGGGCAUGGUCAUACAUGAAGUACCCCAUGAAGAGGGAGAGGAGAUAAUGGAGGGUGAAAUAGGCUUGGCAGAGAAUGAAGCUGGUUCGACCGGGUCUUCCCACGGCUCCACACAAUGGUGUGCUGUCGCGGUGUACGAAUCGGUCGACUACUUUGCCGUACAGACCAGCGAGGACGGAUGACAUCAUUUAUGCAGCGCAUUCUUUGCUCGAGGAGUUUGUCCACCUUUCGUUUGGUCUUUGAACGGUGGAACAAGGGCCUUCUUUUCCAUCGUAAACAGAACAGACGAAUAACAGCAGAGUAAAUAUCUUUCCUCUGCCCGUACUGUUGGGGUCUAAGUUCAUUCAAGGCUAUAAUGUACAUAAUGAUGCAAUGACUGAGGUUUUUAUGAGGAGUCUAGGAGGCUUGAAUAUCUCACUCAGAUGUUCUACAGAAUUCUGUAAAUUCAGUAGCAGCCCCUUCACUGGACACCUUCCACCCUCGUGAUUCUCUGCAUGCCCUCUGUACAGGGGCUUAUAAAUGAUUCUGUUGCUCUCGCUGUGGCAAAUACGUCCUGAACAGUUUAUUUAUUGUGUGGUGUUUCUAUGUAUUGUUUAUUCUUCCUUUGCCCUUUGAUCAUGCCUCCUUUUCAAGCUUUUACAUGAACCUGCUUAUGAUGUUUCAGGUACACAAUGUCAGGAAGUGUAGCGCAGUCUCCAAAAAGCAAUUAUACAAGCUAAUAAAGUAAAAAAAAAAAGAGCCCAUAAAGUUGAAAAUCAUAUUUUUUGAUGUAUGUACUUCUCUGUGAAACCUAAACUGUCUAUUUGUCUAUGAAAAUCAUUUUUUCAUUUCACUCUCUCUGUAGCCCAUAGUGUUUUUAAGUAUGCCAUGUGGCGACGUUCUCACAGCCAUAUUUGAGGUUGUUUGUACAAAAGCAAGAACCCACCAGGUAUUAUAAAUGUGUUCUAUCACGGAAACGUAUGAGAAAUGGCUUCACACCC